CAACGUGCACUGCUUUCUUGCUAUCGAUAAACAUUUUAAAACAGACUGAUAGUAUUUAUUGGCUAGCAGCAAGCAGUCACAUCCCCACAAAAACAUAAACAAAUAAAGCAAUUUGAAGAUGAAUCCCCUGACAAAUAUGAAAAAUGUGCUCAAACUGAGCGAGCAUGAACUGCAACAUGGAGGAAAGAAGAGCUGGCACGACAUGUACAAGGACUCAGCCUGGAUUUUCGUGGCAGGAUUUCCUUAUACCCUAACUGAGGGUGACAUAGUUUGCGUAUUCUCACAGUACGGCGAAGUGGUCAACAUUAAUCUAAUUCGAGACUCGAAAACAGGGAAGUCCAAGGGCUUCUGCUUCCUGUGCUACGAGGACCAGAGAUCCACAGUUCUGGCCGUGGACAACCUGAAUGGCAUCAAAAUCCUCGAUAGAACACUACGGGUCGAUCAUGUGGCAGAUUAUAAGCCUCCAAAGGAAAAUGAGAAGAUGGACGAGGAAACCCUGCGCCUUUAUAUGGAGGGCUGUGCGCCAAAGCCUCAGCUGCAACACAUUAAGACUGAGAAGAAAGAUAGCAAAAGUUAUAGAUGAUAGGAGUUAGCUUAAAUAUAGCAAAUACACGACCACA